AUGCAACGUUAUAACGACUUAAAGCCGACUUCAGCAACAGCAGCAGCAACAGGAACAACGGGAAUAAUGGACCCGGCGGAUGCAAGCGUUCAGAAGCAGCUGCAGCAGCAGAUGCAGCAGCAGCAGCAGCAAGAGGAGAAGCGCAAGGCAAUCGAGGAACAGAGAAGGAUUGCGAUGAAAUCUCUGCUAUCGCCCGAGGCGCAAGAACGCCGUAAGUAA